AUGAUAACGAAGAUUCAGUGGAUAUUUGUCAAUGUUGCUUUAGUACUGAUCAUCUUUGUUUAUUUACAUUCUCGUUUGAAUUCUUCGUGCCAAACAAAAUCUAUUCAACCAAUUUUUCAAAUGCAUACUGGUCUCAAGAAUAGACAUGAAUACACUUCAGCUAUCAUCAUUUACAACCGAAUUCCGAAGACUGGUUCAACAACCUUGACCAAUGCUGUAAUGUAUAGUUUAUGCCAUCGAAAUGGCUUCAGUGUUAUUCACUUGAAUAUAACUCGUAAUCGUUAUAUAAUGAAUAUUGUUGAUCAGAAGCAUUUCAUCUUUAAUAUUACUAAUUGGAAAGAGCGCAUUCCUGCUAUUUAUCAUGGACAUAUUGCUUUUAUCGAUUUUAAUCGAUUUGGUCUUCCAAAUCCGGUGUACAUAAAUUUAAUACGAGAGCCGUUUGAACGAUUGUUAUCAUAUUAUUACUUUCUUCGUUAUGGCGACAAUUAUCGUAUCGGUUUGAAGAGAAGUCGUGCAGGAAACAAUGAGACAUUUGAUGAAUGUGUAGCGCGGAGAGGAAGAGAUUGCGACAUGAAGCAGAUGUGGCUGCAAAUCCCAUAUUUUUGUGGAACGCAUCACUUUUGCGGUGAAGUUGGAAAUUUGCGUGCCUUAGAACAAGCUAAAAAUAAUCUGAUCAAUCAUUAUCUGUUGGUCGGCUUGACUGAACGAAUGAGAGAUUUUAUAGAAUUGCUCGAACUCCUGCUGCCAUCAUUUUUUCAUGGUGCAUUGAAAAAUUUCGAUUCACUUGAUGAGAAUCGUGCAAAUUUGCGUCAUACUAAUCUGAAAAUACCACCCACGAAGGCAACCGUUGAAGUAAUCCACAGGGAUCCUAUAUACAAAAUGGAGAAAGAAUUUUAUGAUUUUGCCCAGAAGCAAUUCACUGAAAUUAGGCGGCGUAUACGAGACGAAAUGACAGAUAAAUUGUUGCGAUCACAGUUUCAUUAUGAAAAAAUCAAGCCUCUAUAG